AUGGUUUCUCCUUCUUCUUCCUCACGUCCUCGUAAUUGGGUAUAUGACGUUUUCCCAAGCUUCAGUGGAGAAGAUGUUCGCGUAACUUUCCUCAGCCAUUUUCUAAAGGAGCUUGAUCGGAAGUUGGUUAUCGCUUUCAAAGACAACGAGAUCGAGAGAAGCCAGUCUCUCGAUUCCGAGCUUAAACAAGCGAUUAGGACUUCAAGGAUCGCGGUGGUUGUCUUUUCGGAAAAGUUCCAUCUUCCAGUUGAUCCAACUCAUGUCAGGAAACAAACCGGAAAAUUUGGAGAAGCUUUUGCCAAGACUUGUCAGAGAAAAACAGAGGAUGAAACAAAACUUUGGCGGCAAUCGUUGAUCCAAGUGGCAAAUCUUCUUGGCUAUCAUUCUCAUAAAUGGCACAACGAAGCAAAAAUGAUUGAAGCUAUUGCCAAUGAUGUCUUGGAUAAACUGAAUUUGUCUCCAUCGAAAGAGUUUGAGGACUUUGUUGGAAUGGAAAAUCAUAUUUCACAGAUGAGUGUCUUAUUGGAUUUAGAAUCUGAAGAAGUGAGGAUGGUUGGGAUAUGGGGCUCAUCUGGAAUUGGCAAGACUACCAUUGCAAGAGUUUUAUACAGUCAACUCUCUCGUCGGUUCCAAGGUAGUGUUUUCAUAGACAAAGCUUUUGUCUCCAAGAGUAUGGAACUUUAUAAAAGCUCUAACUCGGACGACUACAACAUGAAGUUGCAUUUGCUGAGAAGUUUUUUGUCUGAAAUCUUAGACCAAAAAGAUAUAAGGAUAGAUCGUUUAGAUUCAGUUGAAGAGAGGCUAAAGCACCGGAAAGUUCUCAUCUUUAUUGAUGAUUUGGAUGAUCAAGUGGUGUUAGAUACUUUAGUUGGUCAGACUCACUGGUUUGGUUGUGGGAGCAGAAUUGUUGUGAUUACAAAAGAUAAACAUUUUUUAAGGGCUCAUGGGAUUGAUCAUAUUUAUGAGGUAUGUCUCCCAUCUGAAGAGCUUGCUCUUGGAAUGUUCUGUAGAUCUGGCCUGCGCCAAGGUUGA